AUCGUGUUCAACUGCAGUGAAUUAUAAAUAUUAACUGACUUCUGACUUUUUCAUUGGAUACUUUGUUCUGAGAUGUAUUAUAAGAGUAAAAUCUUUGAUUUUGUUCAAAAAAUUUUUUUUUUGGAAUAGGCGGUCGGGCUGGUUAAAGUUAAUCUGUCAUGCCAAAUUGCAUGUCAAAAUUGCAUCUUUUCGUUGGUAUUGGUGUUGGAGGAACAAACAACAAUGUGCUGGUUUGGAAACAGAGCUUUGCCUUUUGCAAUCCUCUUGGCGGCAACUGGGGCGGCCAUUCAGAAAGCAAUUAAAUCUUUUGGUGGACAGGGGAAAGCAAUUGUUUUGCAAGAAAAGCACGAGCAAGAUUUUGUUCAUAAGGCUGAUGAUGGUCUUGCGAAUGAGGAUAGUAUCAGUCGACUGCCAGAUGAUUUGCUGUCAGAUGUCCUUUCACGUUUGGACUUGAUAGAGGCUGUUGGGACAAGAAUUUUGUCAAGAAGGUGGAAAAAUGUUUGCAAAGUUAGGUCUGAACUCCACCUAGAUUGCCUUGACAUGUUUAGGCCUAAUUGCUCUCACGAUAUGGGUAGCCAUUGGGUACAGUUUAGGUUUUUGGAAGCUGUAGAUCAGUCUUUACAGCUUUAUUCAGGUCAAAGCAUAACUUAUUUGAGAAUUUCAUGCUGUUUCAUGAAAGAAUUUGAGCCCAAAUUCACUCAAUGGAUGCAGGUUGUAGCUACUUUAGAUGUUCAGGAACUUGACCUCAAAUUUAUCUGUUCUUCUUUGCCUCUUUGUCAAUGUGCAAAAUCCAACAUGGGUGAGCUUUUCCCUGUCUCAUUUCGGCUUCUUACUGCAGUAGCUACAAUGAAACAUUUGCGCUUAUUGGCUUGUUCUUUGCAACCAAGUUUCCCUACCCAAUUUAAUUCCCUUGAGGGCCUUUAUUUAGACUUGGUUCACCUGAGUGAUGGAGAAUUACCGAGAAUGUUGUCUUCUUGUGUUAACCUUCAGACUCUUAGACUCGGAUUUUGUAAACUUACUCCUAAGCUUUCUAUCUCUGGUCCGUGUCUCCAAUUGAAGUUUCUGUAUGUUCAUUCCUGUCCUGGUUUGGAGGAGAUUGAUAUCUGUGCUGGCAACCUGAUUACUUUUUCUUUCUUUCACAAUGGCCCGAUAAAGUUUUCGCUCUGUGUUCCCAAACUAGAAGAUGCACGCAUCACCUUCACUGGCAAUGGUUCCAUACCUUAUUUUUUUGGAGAAGUUCUGAAGGACUGUCCUAAGUUAAAAAACUUAUUAUUCCAAACAAACAGUGACAAGCUAAAAUAUACACCUGGAAAGAUGGAUAUGUUCAGCAAUCUUAGGACAUUAUAUUUUGUCCCAGGAAUGAAGUCUCCACCUGAUCUACUGAAUGUUGUGCCUAUUUUGGAGGCUUGUCCACAUUUAGAAGAAUUUCGUCUGCAGUUACUUUGUCGAGGUUUCAAUGAAGAAAGAGGAAGAGAAUGGCCUCCCAGACGCCUUGGUCAAUUAAAAGAAGUGGAAUUUAAUGGAUUUCACGGGACAGUAAAUGAAAUUCAUUUUGCUACUUAUUUGGUAAAAAAUGCUCCAGCACUUGAACGACUGUGGAUCCGCUCACCCUAUAGGUUCUAUUGUGGUGAUUAUCAUUUACGAACUGGAGGCGGUUGGUACAUGGAUGAGCGAGUCGAUACUCUGCAUGAAGAAUUAAUGAUGCAAGCCGUCUCCAGCAAACUGCAGGUGAAUAUUGUAAGAUCUCCAAGAACAGAACUCAAAAUCUGUGGGAGAGAAUAAAUGCAUCGAAUAAAGUGGAGGUGAAGAAUUAAUGAUUCAAGGCCGCUCCAACAAGCUGCAGGUGAAUAUUGAAAGAUCUCCAAGAACAGAACUCAAAAUCUGUGGGAAAGAAUAAACGAAUCGAAUUGUGCUGGAUUAUUCAUAUACAAGGUGUGCAAUAAUUAAGUCUACUAAUCAUUCAUACGUCAAUUGUAACAAUAAUAAGUCUACCAAUUGUAACAAUAAUAAGUCUGAGAAGAUGCAAACACUAAGUGGCUUUGAGAUCUUUUCAUUUGUCAAACAAUUGGUUAAUUAUGAUUACAGUAGCGAGUUAUAGUUGCAUGAUAUACAUCUGAGUUGGCAAAUUAAUUAUGCCAAACAAUUAAUUAUUCUA